UUUGAACGCAGCUGUUUCCGGUGGGAGGAACCUGAAGUUUAAGCGCCAGAAUUUAAUGUUCCGCCUGUUUCUCUGAGUGUUAUUGUACAUUUCUGCAAUAUUGCAUGAAGAUAAAAUGUCUCCCACAGCCAAAAGAGCCUGUCCCAGUCCUCUGAACGACAGCCUGGAGAAAAGACUGAAACGCAUCUCCAUUGAAGGCAACAUUGCUGCGGGUAAAUCCACUUUUGUUCGCCUGCUGGAGGAAUAUGAUCGAGAAUGGGAGGUAGUACCGGAGCCCAUCGCUAGAUGGUGCAAUGUACAAACUCAGCACAACGAGCACGAGGAAUUGAGCACCUCUCAGAAGAGUGGAGGAAACGUGCUGCAGAUGAUGUACGAGAAGCCCGAGCGCUGGGCCUACACCUUCCAGAGCUAUGCCUGCAUGAGCCGCAUCCGCUCGCAGAUCAGAUCCACCAACGGAAAGCUGCGAGAGGCCGAGAAUCCGGUGCAGUUCUUCGAACGAUCCGUGUACAGCGACAGGUACAUCUUUGCCUCUAACCUCUAUGAAAGUGAGUGUGUGAAUGAAACCGAGUGGGCGAUCUAUCAGGACUGGCACAGCUGGCUGCAUAAGCAGUUUGGGAAGCACAUUGAGCUGGACGGCAUCAUUUACCUGCGGGCAAAACCAGAAAGGUGUUUGGAGCGAUUGCAUUUGAGAGGAAGAGACGAGGAACAGGGAAUUCCACUGGAAUAUCUGGAGAAACUCCACUAUAAACAUGAGUGCUGGUUACAGCAAAGGACUAUGAGUAUGGAGUUUGAGUAUCUGAAUGAAGUGCCGGUUCUUACCCUGGAUGUCAAUGACGAUUUUAAAGACAACAAGAUCAAGUGUGCUGAUAUGAUUGAGAAGGUAUGA